AGCUUUGUUCUUCCCGGCAUUCUCGAGUGGAGAAUGUCUCUAACAGCCUCAACAGUAUCUUACUCGGCACGAAGAUCAUGCCUUGAUGCUCGAUGAUGCCGCUCGCUAUGCGGUGGCCGUCGUAUUAAUGAUCGGUUUGGCUUUAUGCCUCUUCGUAAUCGAUGAGUUUCGUGGUACCAGACCGGAGGCUUCGACGGCGUUCAUGCCAGUUUUUUCUCCCGUUGAGAGCAACCCAUGGGCUAAGCUGAAUGACUAUGAGUACUUCUCUGGCCUGUUCGGUCUUGGGAAGUGGGGUUUGUGGAAGUGGCCCACCAAGAUGGUCCGCCGCAGCACUGCUAGGCUCGCCAAAAGGCUGCGUAAGGAGACAAAUGACCACUCUUAUCGUGAAACAGGCCUCCCAUGGGCACCCGUUGUCCAUGCUUACAUCAGCUGUAUGGUCCUUUUUAUGAAGGGCAUACUAAGAGAGUGUCUCUGGACUGUUACGGUCAAUAAGAAAAAGAAUGCUAACGAGAAAUGGUGCCCGCAGUGGUGGAAAGAAUUCUAUACUCAGCACAUGUACCGAAGGAUCGAGGACUGUUGGAAUAGGCCCAUAUGUUCGGCACCGGGCAGCACCAUCGAUGUACUCGUCCGAGCUCGUCAUUAUCACAUUGCGAAGCGCUUUGGGAAAUUCCAACCUACUGGGGAGGUCCAGAAAGGAUGUAUCAAUUUGGCUUCGUUUAACUACCUUGGAUUUGGAGGCACCGAUGAAUACUGCACUCCACUGGCGAUCAAAGCGUUAGACCAGUUCGGGCUGGCAGUGUGUGCUUCGCGACCAGAAUAUGGAGGAACGAAUAGGCUCCACACUGAGUUUGAGUCGAAGGUGGCAGCAUUCUUGGGCAAAGAGGCAGCCCUUGUAACGGGCAUGGGAUUUGCCACCAACAGUACUUUCCUGGGUGCUUUGGCUAUGACUGAAGGCGGACCAGGGGCUAAGAAGACUCUUUUUGUAUCUGACCAGCUGAACCACAAGUCCAUCGUGGAGGGUGUGAAGCAAAGCAACGCGAAGGUCAUCGUUUUCAAGCAUAACAAUAUGCAUGACCUUGAGAAGAUCCUUGAUAGAGAGACCCGCUCGGGAAAAUGGGCUAAGAUCGUUAUACUGGUGGAAGGAAUAUUUUCCAUGGAGGGCGAGUUCUGUAGAUUGAGAGAAACGGUGUCGCUGAAGAACAAGUAUAAAUGCUACCUUUGGUUGGAUGAGGCUCAUUCUAUAGGAGCUGUUGGGCCUACUGGCCGAGGCAUUUCUGAGCUGUUCGAUGUUGAUACAUCAGAGAUCGACAUCAUGAUGGGAACUUUCAGCAAGUCCUUUGGCUCUAAUGGUGGAUAUAUUGCCAGUACUAGCCAGUGCAUUCAGCACCUUCGUCGCUGCUCCCUGGGUUGGAUCCACGGAGCUGCGAUGCCACCAAUGGUCACAGCGCAGGCCAUGGCCGUUUUGGACCUGCUGUCGACUGAGAGAGGCAAGACCAGGUUACGUGCACUCCGAGAGAACGCAAACUAUCUUCGAAAAGGUCUGAUGGAACUCAAUCUUCGCGUCAUUGGCGAUACUGACUCACCCGUCAUCUGCUUUUUGCUGGUUCACCCUGAGAAGAUCGCUCAGUUCUCAAGAGAGUGUUUGAAGAGGAAUAUAGCAACUGUUGUGGUUGGGUAUCCUGCCACACCGGUAACUCUGGCUCGGGCCAGAUUCUGUGUGAGUGCUAGCCAUACGAAGGAGCAACUAGAUACUACCCUUGAGGUUAUGAAGGAGGUCUCCAGGAUAGUGGGCAUCGAAUACGGUAACAACACGGAUGAGGUAGCAUCUAGAGCAUACAGAAAGUACCUCUCCGAGGCAGCAAUCGUCAGCGAUCCUUUGCCUGGCUUGGCGACCUAUUGGAGGCCAGAGCCUCUGGUCCCUAGCUGGGUGGAUGCGGAGGAGGGAGAGAAUAUGUCGAGUAAAAGUAUCUCUACUACUGAUUCAACCUCCCGGGAUGGUUGCUCGAGUCAUUCUGAGGAUGAGCACGGCGACUCUUUGGUGGAUUUCGCCACGAUCGAUCCGUUGUCACUCCAGCAUAAGCCAGACGACAGCCUGAUGGAGAUUGCGAGGGCCGUCGUGAGGGAGAAGGGCUUCGGUACCUGCGGCCCGAGAGGCUUCUAUGGUACUACCGUUGAGCAUUUGGACUUGGAGAAGGCUAUCAGUGAGUUACUUGGAACAGAGGCAUCCAUUGUGUACAGUCAUCAUACUGUGUCCGACUCGAGCGUGAUUCAAGCAUUCCUUACUAACAACGACUUCGCUAUAGUCCAUAAGGAUGCGAAUGUUCAUAUGUGUACUGGUCUCAACCUUUCUCGUGUAAAGAACAUUACUUGGUGGUCGGGCGACAUCGAUCAGCUGGCUAGUCUGGUAGAGGCACAGAGCAAAGACGUGAAGAUAGCCGCGAGGGCUGGUAGGCUCUGGAUCCUUAUGGAUAGCAACUAUGGCGUGGAUCUAUCACAGGUCGUCGAGAUUAAAGACGAAUUUGGUGCCUAUCUGCUGCUUGAUGACACCUAUGGCAUCGGUACAGUGGGUGAGAAUGGUCGAGGAUAUUGUGAAUACUACGGAGUUCCAUGUUCUUCCGUCGACCUCCUCGUAGGCUCCCUCGAGCACGCCUUCGGAUCACAGGGGGGAUUUUGUGCUGGACAGCAAACCAGCAUUGAUCACCAGACUCUUCAUGGCAGCGGCUAUUGUUUCAGCUCUAGCUCUCCACCGGCUUCUUGCAAGUUCGCAGCUGAGACGAUGCGUCGUCUGCAAGGGAAUGAGCGUCUUCGUUCCCUUCAAGCCAAUGUUGAGCAACUGCACCAACGUCUAGUCGACGCUGGGGUAAAGGUUCUCACUGACUCGCAAUGCUUCAAGCAGAUUAUUGAGGUUGGUGAUGCCCAGAGUGUCGCACAAUUUUUGAGAAGGGAGGGUUUUGCCGUUCAGCCUGUGCUGGUGUCACCACUAGAAAAUGCCGGCUUCACUGCGUCGGAGCGGAAGAAUACUAUGUUGAGAAUUUGUGUCCGUGCGGAUCAUACAUCAGCCCAGAUUGCCCAGCUUGGAACCUCUUUGAAGGGGCUGCAUCCAUCGUCGCUACUCUCGGUUCGUCAAGAUGAGGUGAUAAGUGCCCAGGUGAAUGGCGAAAAGGUUAUCGGACUAUCCAUCGACGACAUCUCUUGGGACUAUCACAAUGAAUAG